GGCGCCCGGGGUAGGGUAGGGAGGGGUGGCCUUUGGCACUCUCGACGCCGGCGCCUCCUUCGACCCCUCGGCGCGAAAUGAAGGGUCGGGAAAAGAAGGCAAGGGGCAGGCGGGGCUAAAGCAGAAGGUCCGCAGAUGACCGCAGGCAGUAACUCACGCGCGCAGCCAGAGACGUCUUCUGCCGCCGCCUCGCCAACUCCCGCCUCCCACGAGCCUGAGGAGGGGGAAGAAACCCACGCGAGUCGUUUCCUCCGCGCAGGCUGAAGGGCGGCUGAGCAAGAGAGCAAUGUGGAUUGAUCCAUUCGCUUAGUGCUGAGCGGGUGGAAGGGAAGGGGGAAGGCGAAAAAGCAGCCUCGAGAGGGGAAGGACUCUCUCUCUCUCUCUCUCUACGCCCCCUCCCCUAUUUUUUAAUGUUAUUUUUACACGCAGCUCCUUCGGCGGCGAAGAAGCCGUAGGAAUGGGUGGCAGCAGAGCCGCGGCUGCUGCGCCCCAGUUGGUGGCAAGGCGCCUCUAAGGGACUCUCCUCCUCCUCCUCCUCCUCUCUCCCUCGGGGACGCACGCCAUACGCGGCGCGCACCCCCAGAGCAACUCCUCAGGCGCGACGAAGCAGCUCGCUCUCGGAGUGUUUUUUGUCCCCUGUCCCCCCGCUUCUGAGGGAAGGAAGGACGGCAAGAAGAGGAGGAAGAGGCUGGGAAGAAGAGGACCUGCCCAGAGAUGCCUUUGUGCCCGCGAGAGGCGAGGAAAGGGCGCCAAAAAGCGGCCGCCCGCCUGGCGGACUGCGGCUAGUUUGUGCCGAAUCCGCCGCCUCUCUUCUCGCCUCCCCCACCCCACCCGCGCAACUUCCAGGAGCGGAUUAGGAAGAGGAGGACGAUGCCCGAUUGAGCUGCCUGCUGCUGGAAGCCUGGGUGUAUUAUGUCUGCACUGCGAAGGAAAUUUGGGGACGACUACCAGGUAGUGACCACCUCGUCCAGUGGCUCUGGUUUCCACCAGCAGCAGGCGCCGGCACACAAGAAGAAGCGCCAGCGGUUUGUGGACAAGAACGGCCGGUGCAACGUGCAACAUGGCAACCUGGGCAGUGAGACGAGCCGCUACCUGUCAGACCUGUUCACCACCUUGGUGGACCUCAAGUGGCGCUGGAACCUCUUCAUCUUCAUCCUCACCUAUACGGUGGCCUGGCUUUUCAUGGCCUCCAUGUGGUGGGUCAUUGCCUACAUGCGAGGUGACUUGAACAAAGCCCAUGACGAGAAGUACACUCCUUGCGUGGCCAACGUCUACAACUUCCCCUCCGCCUUCCUCUUCUUCAUAGAGACAGAGGCCACCAUUGGUUAUGGCUACCGAUACAUUACGGACAAAUGUCCGGAGGGCAUCAUCCUUUUCCUGUUCCAGUCCAUCCUGGGUUCCAUUGUGGAUGCAUUUCUCAUUGGCUGCAUGUUCAUCAAGAUGUCCCAACCUAAGAAAAGGGCAGAGACGCUGAUGUUCAGCGAACAUGCUGCCAUCUCCAUGAGAGAUGGCAAGCUCACCCUCAUGUUCAGGGUGGGCAACCUCCGCAACAGUCACAUGGUCUCUGCACAGAUCCGCUGCAAACUCCUCAAAUCUCGGCAAACCCCUGAGGGUGAAUUUCUCCCCCUCGAUCAACUUGAACUGGAUGUAGGUUUUAGCACAGGGGCAGACCAACUUUUUCUUGUUUCGCCACUUACAAUCUGCCAUGUGAUAGAUUCCAAAAGCCCCUUCUAUGACCUUUCUCAACGAAGCAUGCAGACGGAACAAUUUGAGAUUGUUGUCAUCCUAGAGGGCAUCGUGGAAACAACUGGGAUGACUUGUCAAGCCAGAACAUCCUACACAGAAGAUGAAGUUCUUUGGGGCCACCGUUUCUUCCCUGUUAUUUCCUUAGAGGAAGGAUUCUUCAAAGUAGACUAUUCCCAGUUCCAUGCAACGUUUGAAGUCCCUACAGCACCUUACAGUGUGAAAGAACAGGAAGAAAUGCUCCUUAUGUCCUCCCCAUUAAUAGCACCAGCUGUAAGUAACAGUAAAGAAAGGAAUAAUUCUGUAGAAUGUCUAGACGGCAUAGAUGACAUUGGUACAAAGCUACCGUCAAAACUGCAGAAAAUGACUGGAAGGGAUGACUUUCCUAAAAAACUGCUGAGGAUGAGUUCUACCACUUCGGAGAAAGCCUACAGCAUGGGGGACCUACCUUUGAAACUCCAGCGAAUAAGUUCUGUCCCUGGCAACUCAGAAGAGAAACUGGUAUCUAAAACCACAAAAAUGAUGUCAGAUCCUAUGAGCCAGUCUAUGGCAGACUUGCCACCGAAACUUCAAAGAUUAUCCGGAGGAGGAGGUAGAAUGGAAGGAAACCUCCCCCCAAAACUGAGGAAAAUGAAUUCUGAUCGGUUUACAUAACAUGAACAGACAUAUUAGGUAUUAUUUCAAGUUUGAAUCACAAUUCAAUCCAAUUGAGCAGGAAAGCAAACACAUUGAAAAUUGCAUUUGAUGACUGGUUUUCCUUAAGAGUUACAUGCACUCUGGGACAUGUAUUCCCCCAAAUUAAGGACUCUUGUUGAAUUCUACAACUUCAGUAUAGGACCAUAUGAAAGCUAACAAGCUAAUAUUAAUCGGCAUGUAGUACACCACAAGCAUGCAAUAAUAGUGUGCAAAUUUUGCAUAUAGUUUUAUGGCAUGGUUCUUACUAUAUUUAUACUGUAUAUUACUGGGGGGGAGUUUAAAUGGGGUGUAUUCUCCUAUAUUUCUUAAGCGUUAAGUAGUAGAUAAAACAUCCAAGUGGGUUACUAACAGGGCAGGUUAUACAUUUGUUUAUAAUGGGGACUAUCCAGCCAAAGUAAAACAUUUUAGGCGUGAUCCAUCUGCCCACUGCAGCCUUCCCAGCAAGUGGAGAGGUUAUCUGCUGCCAAGCCUCCUUCCCUCCCUAUCCCCAACCCCCGGUAAGUGGAGAACUAUGCAGAAGUGCACAUAAAGGACAAUUUGGAGCAUCCUCGUUCUUAAAAUUAAGUAAGAGCUUAGAUGGCUUCUAUUUCCAUCGAUGGAAAUGAUAAACGUUUCAUGUUGGCUGAAUCUUGCCCAGUACCCUUUUACUCUCCUGAUGUAAACUGUGAUGUUUUGUUCAGACAGUUAUAGUGCAUGUUUCUUUGUUAGAUUCAGACUAUCAGUAUUAGGAAUAAUGAACACCAAUGCUUUUAGACUUAAUCUCCUAACUUUAUUGUUUACUUUUAACAGUUUCCUCCACUUCUUUGGGAGGGAGAGCUACAGAGAUCCCUGAACCUGUGCUUUAUAUAUAUUUAUAUAUUUUUUUAAAAAGUGCAAUGGUUAGAAGUGGGUUUAAUGCGUGCAAAAUAAGGACAGCUUUCCAUUUUAGACACAGUGCAUAAAAAUCCAAAGCAAGUAAGAGUGAUUGGUGCUUAGAAUCAUAGAAUUGAGGAGUUGGAAGGGGCCACGAGGGUCAUCUAGUCCAACCCCCUGCAAUGCAGGAAUCUUUCAUCCAACGUGGAGCUCAAACCCACAACCCUGGGAGAUUAAGGGUCUCAUCCUCUACUGACAGUUUAAAUAAUAUGAAACAAGCUCUCUUCCACCAUCCCUGACUAUUGGCCAUGCUGCCAGGGGCUUAUGGUAAUUGUAGUCCAAAAUAUGUGGAGGGCACCAGUUUGGAGAUGGUUGCACUUAAUAUUAACCCCCCCCCAAUAACUUGUUCUUCAGAGCCUUGAAUAAAGCUGGAUUCAGACAACUGAGAGCCUCCCCAGUAACUGCUUAGAACCUUAAAGUGUAGCAUCUAAAAUCCUGGGGGAAGUGUUUGACUUUAACAAUGGUAGCCAGUGUCGUGUUCUCAAGAUCUUGUUGGACCACAACUUUCAUCAUUAGCCAUGCUGGCCCGGAUGGUGAAAGUUGUAGUCCAGGCAUCCCCAAACUUGGCCCUCCAGCUGUUUUGGGACUACAGUUCCCAUCACCCCUGACCACUGGUCCUGUUAGCUAGGGAUGAUGGGAGUUGUAGGCCAAAACAUCUGGAGGGCCACAGUUUGGGGAUGCCUGGUUUAUGUUAUCACCAUUUCAGUGCCACCUCACUGUCUAUUGCAAGCCUCCUAGUCAUCUGAAUCUACUUGGAAGGGAUUUUUUUUUUUUUUUACGAUGACUACUGCAUUAAGGUGUGUAGCCUUUGUUAGUUUAGGGUGCUUUCUCACACUACCAACCUUACCUUGUGAGGCAAUAAUUAUCAGAUACAUGAAAGCAGAGGAAGAUAAAUGGUGACUAUCUGCCAAGACUGCAUCAUCAAAAAUAUUGCAGCAUUAGCACCUGUUCUAUAAUGACCCUGGGCCUCUCCCAUUUGGUGCACAAAAAUGUUUUUUUUAAAGCACCUUUUUAGCCCAGUCUAAAACUGACAUUAUCUGCUAGCAGAAUAGGCAAGCUCAGGGGUAACGAUCUGAAGUCAUACAAUGAGGAGCCAUCAAUGUUGCUAUAUCAGUAUUGAUCCCUUGUGCUUGCCUCUGCGUACCAGUGUUGCAGCCAAAAUGCUGCUGAAAGUAUCAGGAUAAUGGUAACAAAUUUUGCACAUGACCUCUCUUGUAAAUAGGCAAAUAAGUCAGAGGUUCCUGGCAGGAGACAGACUUGCAUAGGAAAUUUCAUUUUCCAGGGAUGGGAUUGCUUAAUUCCAGCUAAUACAGAAAUCAGUGGUUGAGAUGGGGGUUCACCCUGGUGAAAAGCAGCAUUGAUGGGUACAGACUUCUUGGGGGCCCAACAGAUACUGUCAUGAUCUGCUGGGCUCUGUGGAAUUUCAACAAAAAGCCAAACAUAAUGGUGGUAGGGGAACCAAUAGGAGGUGUUUCUGCCAAUUCCUGUUUAGGAGAAACUUAGCUAUAAAAGCACAAGCCUUUUGUUCUUUGCAAUCUUAGACAAGGCAAAAUUGAGCUCUUAGGGUUUUUCCCCCCCUAGUUAACAAGAAUCUUGCAUGUUCAAUUGUUUUGUGAAAUUCAUAUAAUUCUAAAGCAUUAGUGUUCAAUAAUCGCCUGGAAGUCAUAAGCUGAACCUCCCCCCUGCACUGAGACAAGAGCCACAAUCCUAAGAAUAGGAUUGCUAAAUGGAGUAAUACAAGUAGCCCAUAAUAUAUAGCCUACGAUAAUUCCGUUUACAGUGUGCUGCACACAUAAGACAUCAGGGAUCAAGGUGAAUCAUGCCAGAGGUGCCUGUAGGACCAGGAAAAUGUUUAAUAAAACCCAUCUGGCUUAAUUAUAGAAGUGUUCUACAUGCUAUGGGGAAAGACAAAUAAAUGAGAUUAUCUGGCCAAGGGUAAAACUUUCCCAAUAGGAUGAUCAGUCAAGCCCCGAGCAUGCAAAGCAAGGGCAAUAUAUUAAGUACCAAAACAAAAAUGCUACUAUUGAUGUAAAUGCAUAAUCUUUAGACAGUAUUCAAAGAGACACACUAGGUGAUCCCAAGGGCUUGUGUCCAACUAGAAGUAAAGUUCACUGCCUCUGCCCUCUUAUCAGUUGCAGAUCCCGAUUUUGAAAUCGGUGUCAGUUUGCCAAAAAUAUGAAGUGAGGGAAUGCAACUAGAGAAACAGAAGUGCACACAGCUUUAUUAGAAGUACAGUGCUAGCUGUGUAGCUAUUCAGAUCUAGAUCUUACUCUGCUGUCAUGGAGUAGAUCCAAAAGAAAAUGACAACAAAUUCAGAACACAGCAAAGCUCCGUGAUCUGUAUACCAACUUUUGAAUGGCAAACAUUUAGUUUGCGUUUAAAUUGGACUUGUAUUUUUAAUGUUGAAAAAUAAAGGAAAUGUUAGGUUCUUAUUUUUUAUUUUUUUUACAAAUAAUAUUAUGAGAAUUUGCCUGACACUCCCCCCAGGUUUUAUACUGAUUAUUUGAACUGAGCAAUUUUUAUUUGUUUUAAGUACAGUACUACAAAUAGAGGGCUAAUUCCAUGGAUGAAUGUGCAUCACUUGAUCUCUCAUCAGUUGAUUAAUUUCACCUGAACUUGUGAACAUCCACAAACAAAACGUUCUGGCUCAGUUGCAGCUAACCACUCACAUAAGAGGGAUUUCCUUUUUCUCUCUCCCUGUGGCAGCCUCCCCAUGCAUCCGAAAAACAUGCUGCAGAAACGAUGCGAUGUAUGUGGGAUGCUGUGGUGGGAAGAGGGAAUCAGCAUAAAUUUGGACUCCCUCUUAGGAUUGCCCCAUUGGACUCAAAUCACUGGAUCCUCCGUUUGCGCUGAGGCAGUAUGAAAGAUGCAGGAUUGCUCUGAGGUGUCUGUUGCAGACAUACCAGUCAUUUCUAGAUCUUGCCAUCAUCAAGUGCUCAACAUGCAUAAAUGGGACUCACCCUGAGUGAUAAUAAGAUGACUGGUAGCAGUGCCAUUUUGACGCAUAUCUUCUAGAUCACCCUCAUCUCUGUUCUUUGUAUAGUAUGUAGUAGCGGUUAUUCUGUGGAACAAAACAGGGUUAAUUAAAACCAAUGAAUACUAAAUCUGUCCCAAGUUUGGGAUUCUGUGUGAAGCCAUUUUUAUUUAAUAAUCUGAAAAUUGGUUGGUUGGGGUGGGGGUUUGUUUUGAGUGCUGGUGGGACAAUAAAAAAUUUAAGUUAUUUCAUUCAUAUGGCAUACAUUUAGCUAAAUAUGAUUCCAUAUAUACAUUAGCAUCUCAAAAGGGCUCUGAACCAUUUGGAAAGAAAGAAAGAAAAACCCAUGAAUGAAUGACCAAUUCAUUGCUCUGUAUAACACAAUGGCAAAAAUAGUAGCAGAUCUACCAAAACCUGAAAAUAGUCAAUCAUUUUGUAAACUAUAAGCAGUGAAAAGGAGACUAUGCUACAUUGCUUGUGGAGCCAAGGGGUGAAACCACAGGGAGAUGUGUCUAUCACGCCGUAUUUGUACAAGCUUUGCAUUUUCUUCCAAUUUUGUUUACUAGUUUAAAAUGUGUGAAUUGAAAUGCAUGCUGUUCGACCUUUAGCUCAAACUGUCAAUUCAUUUCACUGUGUCUGUAAUUCCAUGCGAAGAAACACAGCAAAAAGUAGAGAACCUGUAUUGUGACCAGAAUUCCGCUGUGUGAAUAACUUAUACAGUUUUUUCCACACCCACCUUUUAACAUCCUCUUUGGCAACAUGUAAUUUGAUUUCUGUGGCAUAUUGUACACACACGUUAAAGAACUCACAUUGUUUCUUGAAGAAAAAAAAACCCACUUCUCUGUACUUAAGUGUGGAGGCUGGACAUUUUGUGCCACUUGCCUGUCUCAUGCUUAAAUGUUAACUUUAUCCAUUAUUGAAACUUUAAUAAUGAAUGAAUCUUCUACUCUUUAAUCAUGCGUUAGGAUCUGAGUUUGCAUAGCAGCAAGAGCAGUUACUCAUCUAUGCAGUACAAGGCAAUCUCUGUGCAGUGCAAAAUUGCGCGCAGAAACAGGAGUGUUCAAAAGAAAAAGUUAACUUCAAUUUAUUCAAAGGACCUGAAAUAUUAAGCAAAAAUAGUUUUUCCUCCUGCCGGAAUUAAGAUUGUCCAGCCAACCCUGCAGCAUGCACUGUGUACUUAGAUUAAAAUAUAUUUGCUUUUAAUCGAUACAUCAAAGAGUGGUUAUAAAAAAAUGGCAGUUUUUUUAAAGCAAUUGUAUAUUUUUUCAUUAGUAAUCUUUUUUACUAGUCAAGCAGCCACUCUGGUUUCAUCAUUCGCUUUUCUGCCCGGCCCUAAUGCUUAUGCUACCCAGACAAUUCUGUUUGACUGCACAGCAGGUCUGUGUUUUUGACUGCUGAAUUUAUGCUUGAAUUAUACUGUAAAUUGUACAUAUUCAAAUUAGAAUCAAGUGAUUGCAUUUUCUGGCAUGCACUCUAUAACUGUAUAAAUGUACAACUUUAUUUGGAUAAUAUAAAAAAAUUAACAAACUCUUGUACUCAUUAAUACUGCAAGCUCAGUUUUAUC